AUGGCAAGACACCAUCUAAACCCAGCGGGACGCAAACGAUCCGGUAGCAAUGGCUCAGCAAAUCCCGAUGAUAAAAGACAGAAGAAUGGAGAGCAGGACUCUGGGUACCAAUCCCAACAAGUCUCUCCGAAGAAAGUAGUACAGUUUGACCGCCAGCUCGAGCAAGGGCCAACCAGGCCAUCAUUGCAACGGCACGACGACAACCAUGAAGUCUUGAGUCCCAGCACGCAGUUGCAGAACGAGAAUGACGCAGCAAACCAACCCAGCACUUGUGCAUGGUCUCCCUCCUGGCGUAAGGAUUUGCAUCAGCAGAUGUCGACCUAUGUCACGCCGCCUCUGCCUCUCAACGUGGAAGAGGUCUGUGCCGCUCUCGACAUCGUGAAGAAUCUGGUUGCUGGCUUCUCGAGGAGCGUUCCGGCGACGAGAUACGACUCCCUGAAGGACAACAAUGCCCGUCUCGAAAUUCUGGACGACUUACUCCACAACCAAAGCAACGCGUAUUUGAUCAAGACGAUCGGGUCUAUCGCGCAAGGAGGCAACGACCAUGUCAGUGGCUGGGCGGAGCUAUUUGCGAGGCAUGAGUGUCGCAAGUCGCUGGUUGCAGGCAUCGUUGGGCGAGCAUUGAAGGACCACGUGUUCAGCAAGCUGUACUUCGGUGCAUCGAAAGCUUUCGAUGAGGAACUUGCGGCAUUGGAGAUCGACCAGGUACAUCGAGACGGCUUCUUUCGCACGAAAUAUCGACAGAGCGAGAUCAACAAGUACAAGAACGCAGGAGAUCGCGAGACCUUCCACCUCGCUGUCGCACGGUUGACGCUGGAGCUGGAGAAGAUGCUGUUGCCGCUUUGGGAACUCGGGUCGAAAUCCAAGUCCAAGGCAAGGACGGCGAGGUGGUCUGACGAAGACCGGCAAAAUCUCGCAGAGAUCAUCAUGGUCGCUGCAAACCUAAGCCGAAGCAUUCGCAGAACCGGCGACGUCGUGUACUACUGGACGCACACCUUCAAGGACGAAGAGUUCGACCCCGGCCGGAUGGAAUGUCUGAACCUCACCGACAUGAUCAAGAAAAGCCCGUACAAGAAGGAGAACAUUGACGGCCACGAGCGUGCCAUUCUGGACAAGACGAGAGCCAACGAGAGCGAAGCCAUCGUUCAGAUUGUCUGCUUCCCAGGCUUGGUCGCUUACCGCAGAGGUGGCGGCAAGCUCGCCCAACGGGUCCUGGAUGAAGAGGAGAAAGCCACAAGGCGUAAAGAGGAGAAAGCCACAAGGCGCGAAGAGAAAAGGCUGCCCGAAGAUGUGAAAGCGCAGCGAAAACGCUUCGCAGCGCGGGACCAGCAGCUGACGGGCAACGAAGGGUUCCGGACAAAGAUGAUUUCCAAGUAUGUCGUCCAUCUCGAAUGGGGCAAGCAGCAUCUCCUCACCAAGGAGGCUGGGACGUCGCGCCACAUGGAUGCCAUGCAAGGACGCAAUGGGCGGAGUAUGGCACUUUACGAGAAGGACUUUGAGGACUGCGUCGAGUUGUGGAACGUCUACCAAGAGAUGAUCAAGGAUCAUAAGAAGACUGCUUUGGGUGUUUAUCAGUGGCACGAGAACAACAAGAAGGGUGAGAGCAGCCCAGGGAUCUUUAGCAGACUUCUUGGGGGCUAG